AUAUCCUCCUACUGGCCAGGUCUUGAUGGGCUUCGGCACAAUAUCUGUAUGGUCCAGCCAACGAGCGUGUGUUUAUUACCGAGAACAGCUCGCACAGCACGGCAUGAUGAGGUCCUGUAACAACGGACUCGGCAACGAGCUCCCCGAGAUUGAUGGAGCGUCCAUUGACGAGGUUAUCAAAAAAAACGACUAUCGGAGUUGCUGUAGCUUGUUUUCUGCCCACACCAAGCCCAAAAGUCAUUCAUACCCAUCGAGAUGACCACGUCGCCGCUGGUCGGGGAAGCAAUUUCAAAGCAAGAUAUGAUGUCUCCCAAGCGGCAACUAUGAGACAACAGGUAUAUCCUUGGGAAGCGACCCAGCUGCCCUUUGCUUGUGUCUCUACACCCACAAAGCUGCCUUCGGCCGUCACCAAACUUCAACAAUGGGAUUGUGGUUUGCAGAAAGCGCGGUAUUUGGCCGGUAUGGGUUUAGGUAAACUGAAUGCAGACUUGUGUCCUUUCAGUAGGUUACUCGGAUCCCGAAAGUGCCGGGAAGUCUGUAAAGGCCGCCGCACGAUGUCACUAUCAUCUCGCCUGCCUGCCAUUAGGAUCUUCGCCUCAAUCUCUUCUAAUCCCUGCGAGUCUCUCACGCUUGCCUGUCUGUCUACUACUUCCUCUAUGUUGGCUUAUUUCCUACCCGCCUGCCAACACUAUGUCAUUGUCUGCAGCUCCCAGUCCACGCUAUAUGGUUACCGUGUCUUCCCUAGAACCGUGACGGCAAGCCGACAAGGAUGGCGAGAUUGGCAUGACGGUUGACAUAGAUAGCGGGAUUCGUGAUAGUGGCUUGACGUCGACGGCACGGUGGUUGCGAUGAUGCAGACAGACCUUUGAUCGCCCGGAACUUUCCAAUCACAGACCGCAGACGUUGCUCAGACGUGCCCCCAGACUUUGGCGCAGAGUGUGCGCAGACUUCAUACAUUUUCCUGCA